AUGACGCCGACGCCGAUCUUCGGCCGCGUGUUCCUCGGCGCGCGCGCGCCGACGCGCGCGGACGCGCGGCUCGCGUGCGAGCACGGACUGCGGUGCGGGCACAACUACCCGAGCGAGCUCGUCGGGACGUCGGACUGCGACGAGGAGGCGCCGGGACAGCGCGCGAGGUUGGAGGGACAGCGACGACGGUCGUGGGCGAUAGAUCGCACGCGCGCGCGCGUCGGACGCGGCGCGCGCGCGUACGAACGCGCGGUGAAAGCGCUGAAGUCGUGGGAGCACUUCGAUCUCGGUUGGGCGCGCGUGUCGCGAGAGAGCGGCACCGCGGUCGGGGACGCGGUGUGCGUCGAGGCGCGCGUGGCGGGCGUGUGGAUGCGGAAUCCGCUGCGCAUCGUCGAGCUUCGCGAGCGGGAGAAGCGCGCGAGCGGAGGCGCGUCGUCGUCGUCCGGGGCGAGGGCGAAGGCGCGGUUCGCGUUCGCGCACGGGACGCUCGGCGGGCACUUGCUCGCGGGGGAGGAGCGGUUCUCGGUGGAGCUCGCGGAGGACGGCGAAGUGUUUUACGAGGCCUACGCGUUCAGCAGGCCCGCGCACGCGCUGAGCGUGGUGAGUUAUCCGUUCGUGCGAUUGUUGCAAAAGCGGUUUCACUGGGAUUCGUCGCGGGCGAUGCGUAAAAUCUUGAGCGAGGCGGAGUAG